ACUCCCAGCUCUGACUUCUUUCAAGUUGGGGGUACAUCGCUGCUGAUUGUGAUUUUGCAGCGCGCAAUCAAGGAGCAAUAUAAGGUCGCACUACCAGUAACCGAGCUGGUGGCUACCAAGAGACUCGCUGAUAUGGCCCGUUUGAUCGAGGGGAAAGGGGUUUUUGUCUAGGCGUCUUUACUCAGGGUGUAUAUGCUAGUGGAUAUAUUUCCCAAAGGUUGGAACGUAAUUCUCCAUGGCAGACUACUUAGCUAUGAUGAUAUUAGGACAGACAAAAAUUUUCCGGCGUUGUAUCUCAGCAGUAGCUAUUCAGUUUGCAAUGAUGAUUUGGCGCAGUGGUCUUUUAUUGUGUGCAUAUCUUAGAGGUGGAGAAAGAGAGAUAAGGACAUGAUGGAAGAAUUUUCACUGUCGUCAUCUAACAGAAACGGGAAAGACGGAUGCCUGGCUGCCCGUCUCCUCGCUUCUCCCUUGACUCCUUCCACUUCACCCUACCAUGCCAAUUCUGUCUUCGAAGAGAGCCCACCCCACCUGAUUCCUUCCUAUGUAUCCUACAAUAAGCACGACCUGACCCAGUCCCGAAAUACAACAAAACACAAAAAGAGAAUAACAUAAACAGUGUAAGAUACCGGGGAGGAAACGCGACUUGGCUCAGCCCUAUAAGGCACGCCAA